AUGGCCGAUCUCAACCCUCCCGCGACUGCUGUUCAGGACCAGGAUAUUAACCCCUGGUCCGUUGAGGGAGCUCAAGGCGAGAAUGGCGAAGUUGCUGCCAUUGACUACGAUGCCAUUUGCUCGAAGUGGAAGACCUCAAAGAUUGACCAUGCGCUUCUCGAGCGAUUCGAGCAAGUGACAGGCAAGAAGCCCCAUCGCUGGCUCCGACGCGGCCUCUUUUUCAGCCAUCGCGACUUCGACAAGAUCCUCACCAAGUACGAGCACGGCGAGCCCUUCUUCCUCUACACUGGUCGCGGUCCCAGCACCGGUAGUCUUCAUCUUGGCCACACAAUCCCUCUCGAGUUCACAAAGUGGCUGCAAGAUGUCUUUGAUGUGCCCCUGGUUUUCAUGUUGACGGAUGAUGAGAAGGCGCUAUUCAAGGACAAUUUGACAUUUGAGGAGACUCUGGCAUAUGCCAUGGAGAAUGCUCGAGAUAUUAUUGCGCUUGGUUUCGACCAGAAGAAGACUUUCCUCUACAGCGAUCUCAAGUACUUGAGCAACCAUUUCCUCAUGAACGCCUGGGAGUUCUCCAAGCUGGUCACCUUUAACCAGGUCCGUGGAGCGUUUGGCUUCGAUGGGAGCUCCAACAUCGGCAAGAUUUUCUUCCCCUCGGUGCAGUGUGUCGCUGCUUUUGCGACAUCAUACCCCGAGAUUUGGUCUGACGAGCCCGCUACUGUCCGAACAAAGGCGCUUGGCAAGAUCCAGUGCUUGAUUCCCAUGGGUAUCGACCAGGACCCUUACUUCCGACUCGUCCGAGAUAACGCCCACCGCAUGAAGAACCCUUCACCAAAGCCUGCUUUGAUCCACUCCAAGUUCCUCACUGCCCUCCAGGGCGCCGGUGGCAAGAUGUCAUCUUCGAACCCCAACUCGGCCAUUUUCAUGACCGAUACUGCUAAGCAAAUUAAGAACAAAAUCAACAAGUUUGCCUUCAGCGGUGGCCGAGAGACACUCGAGGAGCACCGUGAGAAGGGAGGAAACCCUGAUGUCGAUGUGUCUUACAUCUACCUCACCUACUUUGAGGAUGAUGAUGAGAAGCUCCAGAAGGUUUAUGACGACUACAAGAGCGGAUCCCUUCUCACGGGUGAGUUGAAGAAGAUGGCCAUUGAGGCUCUCCAGCCUGUUGUCCAGAGCUUCCAGGAGCGACGAGCUGCUGUUACAGACGAGGUUCUCGAGUCAUUCAUGAAGCCCAGAAGACUACAGUGGGCCGGAAAUCCCAACCCUAAGCCCAAGGAGGAUAAGAAGAAAGAGAAGGCUGAAAAGAAGCCCGAGGAAAAGAAGACUGAGCUGCCUGACCGUACGUAUCGAUGGUCAGUCAUGGCUUCUUUCAUCUCGCGCUCGCUGCGCCCGGUCGCCGCCCGCCGCUUUGUCUCCAUCCCCGUUCGACCCGUCCGACCCCUCUCUACAACCGUUUCACUGCGAUCCGACAACGUUUCUUCUCAGGAGUUUGAGGUUGGCGAACUUCAGGGCGCAAAGUUCAGAGUCGAGCCUCUGCGUCGAGUCGGCGAAGACGAUGCCACUAAGCGAGCUCGCCUCGUCUACCAGUCACGAAAGCGCGGAACCCUCGAGUCUGAUCUUCUCCUCUCCACCUUUGCAGCCGCACACCUUUCUUCCCUGUCUCCCGAGCUUCUUGACCAGUACGACCGUAUUCUUGACGAGAACGAUUGGGACAUUUACUACUGGGCCACACAGAAGGAGGAGCUUUCUUCGACGAACCCUUCAUCCGCCGACUCUCCAUCUACCAACAACAUCGACGCCAAGCCAACAGCCGACCAGGUUACCCGCCAGCCUCCUUCGGGCGAGUGGGCGCAGACCGUGGGUAACUUCAAGGCUGCUUACAGACCUGUGCCCUCGCGCUGGAAGGACAGUGAGAUCCUCGAGAAGUUGAGGGCUCACGUGCGAAGCCGUAGCGUUGACGGUGGUGAAGGCGGUGGCAUGGGCUUCAUGCCUCCUCUGGGACCUGCCGAGGUCAAGAAUUAA